GGGGGAAAGAGAUGGAGAGUAACGUGACCACUGACCAGUCAACGGUGGCGGGGGAUUAUAUACCGUUUAACCUUAGAUGAAUAAGAGCAGGCAUUCGAUUGUGUUGGCCUGUCUUGGCUAAUUAUCUCGCUUCGUGUCUCCAUCUAUUUCUACAGAAACAAACAGAAAGUCAUGAAAUCGGAAGAGUUUGAAUCAUCGCAACUGAAUGAUUCUUCUUCUUUUCAUUCCAACACAGCAUAAUUGAUCGUCUUCCGGUUGUACUUCUUUGCGUUGGAUUUCGUUAUUGGCUUCUUUUACGCUGCAGGAGUUAUUUGCAUAUCUUCCUCUCGUUGUGCUGGUUUUGCUUCUGAUAUCGUUAUCGCAAUCGUGCUGAUCUUCGGCAGCUUAUUUAAAGCGACAGAAGUGACUCGCCGAUCGAGUUCCAGUUGUGUUUGUUUCCUGCUGAUUUCGUCACUGUUGCUAUUGUACUAGUCUUUCUGUAGCUUCUUUUAAGCAGCAGAAGUGACUUGCAAAUUGCGUUCAUAGGAAUUGAGUUACCGUUCUUCUCUCUGUUAUCACACGAGGAAAAAAGAGAGAAAAAAAAGUGAGAGUUUCAAAGUUAGGACUUAAGAUACUCUUUAUCAACUAAGUUAAACGGUAUCUUCUAGAAAAAGGUUUGAUAAAUGGAGCUGAGCAUGAUAUUUUUCAUCGUUUAAGUCUUGUAGUUGUUACCACAGAUCCUAUUACCUUCUGAUACUAGGCUGUAUAGAGGGGUUUUACUAGAGAUGGAACCUGUUCUUCUCAAUUCAAGGGGGCCUCCGAUAAAACCGAGAGAAAGAUUACGGAUAAAUCAAGCAGGGAGAGUUUCAUAUCGUGGCAGCUAGUGAAGUGUUGGUUUAUUAUUUGAUCAGCUUUUUAUAGUCAUUUGUUUUUGCGUCUUGAAGUCAAAUAGAUGGAAACUACUGCUCUGAUGCAAUUUUUGAGGAGUUUCUGCGACAACUCAUGUUGGAAAUUUGCUGUUUUCUGGAAAGUGAGGCUUGGAAGUCCAAUGAUUUUGAACUGGGAAGUUGGAUAUGUGCAUCACCUGAGACCCAUAGAAUCUAUGGAAAUUAUUGCAAAGAACAUAUUUGGCAACACGAUGGAUGAUACGUUUUUGCCACAGUGUGAAGCAAGCAUGUAUGAUGGUAGGUCUGGGGAACAUCCCAUCAAUCUAGUGGUGGCUGAUAUGUCACGUCUUCAAUAUGCCUGGGGCGAGGGAGUUGUUGGUGAAGUUGCUUGUACUGGGUGUCAUUGCUGGGUUACUAUUGAGGAUAUUUUGACUUGUGUAGCCAUGGGAUACAAGUGUCCAGAGGAGUGGCUGCUUCAGUUUGCAGCAGGUAUCAAGACUAUUUUGCUGGUACCUUUGCUUCCACAUGGAGUUCUGCAGCUUGGCUCAUUGGAAGAGGUUACAGAGGAUCUGGAAGUAAUUAACUACCUCAAAAGUAGAAUCAGUAUACUGAAGAGUGAUCACGAAGAUUUUUUACCUUUUACCUUAAAGAGAGAGACUGAACUUUGGUCAUCAUCUCCAUCAACAUCUAUCUCCAUGGAGAAUUCAAAUAUACCAUCAACUAUGCCCAUUAGUCUGCCUAAGUCGGGAGAUUUGGCAAAAGUCAACAGUUUCAGGACAAAUGGUAGCGAACUGUCAACUUUAUAUGAAGUUGAGCCACUGUUAAGUACAGAAGAUACGCCUCAGCCAUUGGGAGAACAUCCAGAGAUCAUAAAACAUGCACGCAGAAGUGAGAUCAAUGUCGAACUAGUUAGGUUUAGUGAAAGGCCAACUUCACCUAGUCGAUCAAAAAAUUUAAGUCAGCUGGGGAUCUCACAGGCUGAGCUAUUUGGAUUUUCUUGUCUGGGAGAAGAACUGAAGGCACAUUCUGACUUCAGUGACUUCGGCAACAAAGUGAUUGAGGGAUCCUUUUCCUCAACUCAAAUUAUGAAUGCUUACCCUGAAGAUUCGGCAUCUGAAGCCAGAGAUGCUAAUAUUUCUGAUAAUAAAAUCAUGAAUAACUUUUUUAGCUUUCCCGGUCAUGGAGAAUUACACAAAGCUCUUGGACCGCUUGUCGAGAGACAGAAUGGUGCCAAAUUGUCGGACUCAUCUUUCUCCUGUGAGAAUACAGGGAGCAACCCUAGCAUGUUCGGUGAUGUUAUUGAGCCCUCGUGGUUUUUAAGUGAAGAUGAUGCAGAACGACUGCUGGAAGGUGUGGUUGCUGAUUUGUUUGGCAUUUUAGAUGAUACUUCUCCUGGAUCUGACAGUUUCAAAUCUAAAGCGAUGUCAAAACAAUUUGCUGCUCCCCCUCAACUGGAGAGAAACUUGGAGUCAGGAGGCUUGAUGAGCGAUGACAUAGAACCAAGAAGCCUUUCAUCUUCUGCCACUGGAGGAAAUGCUGCCUUUGGUUCAUCUUCAGCAUCAAUGAAGAGCAUGGUGAGCACCCUGAUUGAGGAGCAAAAGAGCAAGGUGCACGGUUGCAUGCAUUCCAGGAAGGGACAAAAAACAUCCAACCUUAACAAAAGGCAGGGCAGAGUUGGUGAUAACCACAGGCCAAGACCCCGAGACAGACAGAUGACCCAGGAUCGGGUCAAGGAGCUACGCAGGCUUGUACCAAAUGGUGCAAAGUGCAGCAUCGAUAGCCUCUUUGAUCGAACCAUAAAACAUAUGCUGUUUUUGAGGUGCAUGACUGAGCAGGCUGAGAAGUUAAAGCAAUGGAGGCAUCAGGAGGAAGCUGCUCGCAAAAAUUUGAGAUCACGCGAUGCUGCCAACACUGCUGGCAAUGGGAGAAGCUGGGCUGUUGAAUUGGGAAGUGAAGUUCAAAGAAACCCCAUAGUUAUUGAAGACCUUCCAUACCCUGGGCACAUGCUUAUUGAGAUGCUGUGUGACGACCACAGUUUCUUCCUCAAAAUCUCCCAGGUGAUCUGUGAUUCGCGACUUAAGAUCUUGAAAGGUGUCAUGGAAUGUCAUUCGACGAAUACAUGGGCGCUAUUCAUUGUUGAGGCUUCGAAGGGCUUCCACAGAAUGGACAUUUUCUGGCCUCUGAUGCAUCUCUUGCACCACAAAAGAAAUCUAUCGAGUUGGAUGUAAUUGUUUGCUUUCACACGGUUGAACACACUAUCUAGGCUUUAUAUAGUCUCCACCUUUUUAGGAGUACUGUUGUAAUGUAUAUGUAUAUCUUAUCUACUUGAUCUAAUUCUAUUGCACAACAUUUUACCUUAAAUAUAAGAAAAACUAAAUUACCUACCUCCUGGGCUAAUGGGUACUUGGUUA